AUAUAGAAACUUCUCAAGUCUCCCAGAAAUUUGUAGUAACAAGCAAGAUGAAUUUAUUACUUGAAAAUACCUCUACAUUCACAUCAAAUUUCUUGUCCUCAAUACUUGAUGUUAGAUUACUUUGCACCAGAAAAUUAAAGCACUUAUAAUAAGUGACAUUUUGUAGUAAUUAAGUAGUGAUCAAAUAAGUAUUUGUAUUUGUUGUCCGGCUAAUCUAUUUAUGGCGGCAUUCGAGGCGGCCGAGGCAGGUACACCACCUCAGUUGGCUGAAGCUCUUGCUGAUACCAAUAUUCACUGGGACAGGUUGGACAAGACAAGAUUUCAUGUUAUAGGUGCUAUUCUGUUUACCGUUCAGUGUGGCUUGCUACAUCCUACUACAGUUGUCAAGACUCGAAUGCAAGUGGCUGGUUCAGGCCUUUCUCAGAUGCGAGGAGUAUCAGUGUUUGCACAGAUACUCAAGACUGAAGGCAUUCCUGGUGUUUUCAGAGGUUUUGGCACUUCGGCCAUAGGAUCAAUACCGGGGAGGGUUCUGGUCUUGAGUUCUCUUGAAAUGUCUAAAGAUAUGUCACUCAAGUAUUUAGAGGGAUCCAAUAUGCCAGAGGCAACUCGUCUUGGCAUUGCUAACGGGGUUGCAGGCAUGUUAUCGAACUUAGUUUCCUGUGUAUACUUUGUUCCACUGGAUGUGGUGUGCCAAAGAUUAAUGGUUCAAGAGCUUCCAGGAACCAUGCCUUGCAAUGGACCAUUUGAUGUUAUACGUAAAGUGAUGAGGUCAGAAGGGAUCCGUGGAAUCUACAGAGGGUUUGGAUUGACAGCUUUAACUCAAUCCCCUGCAUCAGCACUUUGGUGGGGCACAUAUGGUGCAGCCCAACAUAUGAUUUGGAGGAGCUUGGGAUAUAGGGAUAAAGUAGAGAAGAAGCCAUCUUCUGUUGAGAUGGUAACUGUUCAAGCCAGUGCAGGAAUGUUUGCUGGUGCUGCCUCCUCGGUGAUUACUACUCCUAUAGACACUGUCAAGACACGGCUUCAGGUCAUGGACAAUUAUGGCGAUGGAAGACCUUCAGUAAUCAAAACAACUAAGGCACUUCUUAAGGAAGAUGGAUGGUGGGGAUUUUAUAGAGGUUUUGGACCGCGAUUCUUAAAUAUGUCACUUUAUGGAACCACAAUGAUUGUUACUUAUGAGCUGAUAAAGAGAUUAUCUGUGAAGCAGUGAUGAAAGAAGGAAGAAAAGUUGUCGCGCCACUAGGAGAUUUUGUCUGCCUGGCUCACCACUCUUCAUGAAUUCUCUAUCUUAUCUUCAAAUGAUUUUGUUACUGAAGAUGUAUACAUACAAAGUAGAAUAUAUCUUUUUUCAGAUGCUCGAAUUAGCACUUGCAAAGGUAUACUUAGCCAUUUUGAUAUUCGACCCUCCUUAGACUGGAUCACUGUCAUAAGAAAAACACUUCAGUUUCCAUUUCCAUAAAAUUUUGUAGUUCUUUCACCUAGAACUAAUUCUGGUUUUAUCAAUGUAAGCCAAGAUCAUUUAGUCUUUCACAUUGAAUGCGCGCUAUAGGAUUGCUGUAACUCUAUUUUGUAGUUUAGUAUUACUUGCAGAU